AUGGCAGAUCACCAGAAAGGAGGCAUACAUUUCCCUUUCCCCUACACUCCUUACUCUAUCCAGAAGGACUUUAUGACAGAGCUGUACCAUGUUUUGGAGGCUGGAAAGAUUGGAAUAUUUGAGAGUCCAACUGGCACUGGCAAAUCCUUAAGUCUCAUUUGUGGGGCCCUUUCUUGGCUCCGUGACUUUGAGCAGAAGAAGCAGCAAGAAGAAGCCCGGCUUCUUGAUUUGGGAAUUGCUCCACCAAAUCACUUGGAAGAAUCUCCCAAUCACAUGUCUACUGGCCAGAGAACCUCAGAUGCUCUGAGACCUCCUGGAGAGCCUGAUUGGAUUGCCCAGUUUGUUCAAAAGAAAGAAGAAAGAGACAUGAUAGACAGACUAAGGGAUGAACAAGUCAAGAGGAAGAAGCGAGAGGAGCGUCUCCAGCAGAUACGUAAUAAUGCACAUUUAAAAUAUGCAGCCAAAAGAAUGAGACAGGAAGAAGAAGAGAUGGAGCGCCUACUGCACCUCAGCAAGGAGAUGCUAGCAGCGGCAGGCAGUGGGCAAUCAGAGGAAGAACUUGGCAGGGAAGAAGAGCUGAUUCUAGCUGAGUAUGAGAGUGACGAGGAGAAAAAAACAGCUAGUGGAGUACAUGAAGAGGAUGAUGAAGAUCUAGAAGAGGAGCAUGUAACCAAGAUCUAUUAUUGUAGCCGAACACACUCUCAGCUGACUCAGUUUGUGCACGAGGUACAGAAGAGUCCCUUUGGUAAAGAGACCCGGCUCAUCUCCCUGGGCUCCCGGCAGAACCUUUGUGUGAAUGAAGAAGUAAAGCGCCUGGGCUCAGUCCACCUCAUCAAUGAGCGCUGUCUGGAGAUGCAGAAAAACAAGCAUGGUAAGAAGAAAAAUAAAGAGGAAGAAAAAGCAAAGAAAAGGAAGCUGGAGAAUCGAAUGUCCUGCCCUUUCUACAAUUAUGAGCAGAUGCAGUUUCUUCGUGAUGAGGUUCUCAUGGAAGUGAAAGACAUUGAACAGCUGGUGGUCCUAGGGAAGGAGGCUCGAGCCUGCCCUUAUUAUGGAAGCCGAUUUGCCAUUCCUUCAGCCCAGCUGGUGGUCCUCCCCUACCAGAUGCUGCUGCACGCAGCGACCCGUCAGGCUGCCGGCAUCAAGCUGCAAGGACAGGUGGUGAUCAUCGACGAAGCCCACAACUUGAUUGACACCAUCACCAGCAUCCACAGCGCGGAGGUUAGCGGGCUCCAGCUCUGCCAGGCUCACUCCCAGCUGUCCCAGUACAUGGAGCGAUACAGGAAACUUUUGAAGGCCAAGAACCUGAUGUACAUCAAACAGAUCCUGUAUUUGUUGGAGAAAUUUGUGACUGUCCUAGGUGGAAAUGUGAAACAGAAUCCCAAUACUCAGAACCUCUUUCAGACAGGGGCUGAGCUGAAGACCAUCAAUGACUUCCUGUUUCAGAGCCAGAUCGACAAUAUCAACCUAUUUAAGGUACAGCGGUAUUUUGAGAAGAGCAUGGUCAGCCGAAAGCUGUUUGGGUUCACCAAGGAGUAUGGUGGUGUGUCCAUCCUUUCACCUUCUAAAGAGCAAUCCAGGCUGGCUGGUUUCCAACACUUCUUGGAGAGCCUUCAGCCUGGGACUGGAGCAGCUCCAUCAUCUCCUUCCAGAGAGGACGAGAGCAGACCCCCAGAGCUUGGCUCUCCCUUGAUGCAGAUUGAAAGUUUCCUUGCUGCUCUCACCACUUCCAAUCAGGAUGGAAGAGUAAUUGUGAGCAGACACGGGAGCCUCAGUCAGAGCAGUCUGCGGUUUCUCCUCCUGAAUCCCUCUGUGCACUUUGCCCAGGUGGUGAAGGAGUGUCGGGCAGUGAUCAUUGCAGGGGGCACCAUGCAGCCGGUGGCUGAUUUUCGAGAACAGUUGCUAGAAUGUGCGGGGGUAGGAACAGAGCGUGUGGUUGAGUUUUCCUGCGGCCAUGUAAUCCCACCAGACAAUAUUCUACCCAUUGUCCUUUGCAAUGGGCCCUCAAAUCAACAUUUGGAAUUCAUCUAUCAGAAGAGAGACCUGCCUCAGCUGAUGGAUGAAAUUGGUCGCAUCCUCUGCAACUUGUGCAAUGUGGUCCCUGGAGGUGUGGUCUGCUUUUUCCCCUCCUAUGAUUACCUGCACAAGGUACAAGCACACUGGGCGCAGAGUGGUCUUUUGACUCGUCUGGCAGUCAAGAAGAAGAUAUUUCAAGAGCCCAACAGAGCAAACCAGGUGGAACAGGUGCUGACUGAAUACUCCAAGUGCAUUAAGCGAUGCAGUCAAGUGAGAGGCGUGAUGACUGGCGCCCUUCUCCUCUCAGUGGUUGGAGGGAAGAUGAGUGAAGGGAUCAACUUCUCUGAUGACUUGGGGCGGUGUGUGGUUAUGGUGGGCAUGCCCUACCCCAACAUCAAAUCCCUGGAGCUACAGGAGAAGAUGGCGUACCUGGAUCAGACCCGACCCAAUAGCCCAGGGAAAUCCUUGAUCGAAAACCUCUGUAUGAAAGCAGUCAACCAGUCUAUAGGACGGGCCAUUCGGCAUCGGCAAGACUUUGCCAGCAUCCUUCUCCUGGACCAGCGUUAUUCCCGUCCAUCCGUCCUGGCCAAACUGCCUGGCUGGAUCCGAGACCAGGUGUCAAUCAAAGCCACGUUUGGCCCAGCCUUUGCUGCUUUGCGGAAGUUUCACCGGGAGAAAUCUGAUCCUUCCUGACAGAUGAGCUUCACUCUACUACGUGCCUAAGCCUGCUACGUCUUCUGUUACUUCUAUAGGAGCUAUGGCCACAAAGAUGA